AUGUCGGAUUACCCAGGAACGAGCAACGAAGACUUGUCACUACCCAAAGCAACGGUACAAAAAAUAAUCGCAGAGAUUUUACCCAAAGACAUUGCCAUAUCAAAAGAAGCAAGAGAGGCAAUAACGGAAUGCAGUAUUGAGUUUAUAAUGAUGCUAUCUACCCAACUGAAUGAUAUUGCUGAAAAGGAGGCUAAAAAGACAAUUGCAUCUGACCAUGUUGUCAAAGCUUUGGAGGAAUUGGAUUUCAACAACUACCUUGAAAUAAUAAACAAAAUCCUAAGUGAACAGAAGGAGUUAUUGAAAGGAAAGGAAAAAAGGAACAACAAGUUUCAGAGUUCAGGAUUGAGUGAGGAGGAAUUGUUAAGACAACAGGAGGAAUUAUUUAAAAAGUCGAGAGACCGUUUACAAAGCCAGUCGGGUUCACCGCCUUAUGAAGUCAAACAGGAAGAAAGUUCUUAA